CAGCAGAACAUGCUUUUCAAAAAUUGAUGCAAUUUUGUUCAUCCAGUUCGAAAGUUUCUGGUUGUGCCGAUUUUCAUUUAAAAUACCAUUUAAGUUGUAAAUAUACUCUACAAAUAGUGAAAGCUUACGCAUCUGCAAUGUAUUAUGAAUGAAUUCUACUAUCUGGACAUUUCACUAAAACUAGCCGACGAACCGGAUCAGCUGCUGCCAGUGUUCUUCAAAAGUUGUCUGGAACGAUCUUUGAUCAAAAUAUUCGGUGAAAUCGGUGGCCAAACGACAGUGGACAUUCUCAAAUUCGACACCCCCCGAGCACGGGCCGUCGUACGGGUUCCAUCGGAUUUCUACGUCAAGUUUCGGGCGGCAACUUCGCUGACCGGUGAAUUUCAGGGCAUCCCCUGCAACUUUGUCGUCAACAAAGCUAGCCCGGUGCUGCUGGGGCUAGUCGAGACGCAUUUGGAGUAUUUUAAAUCGAAUUAG